AUGACUUCCGGGUCAGUGUAUGCCAUCAUUGUUAGACCUAUUAGUUGUGAUUCUUGUACAGUAGCAGCAGAGAUACUGGGAGCGCUAAAUGUCGAAAAGAGAAGCAUGUUCGAGCGCGCCGGCAGUCCCCUUCUUUGGCUGGAGCGCCGGAAACAAAGAGAACUCCCUGAGGUGUUUCCCGACCGCAAUGCUUCACCGGUUCUGUUGGUGCUCACAGAGGGGUCAGCAUUAAGCCCAUUUUUGUUUGUGCUGGUCAUGGAUAUGUUGAGUGAAGCAGUCAGGAAUGAAGAGCUAUGGGAAUUGUUGUACUCCGAAGAUCUGGUGAAUACUGCUGAAAAUGAGGAGGACCUAAAGCGAAGGGUUGGAGCGUGGCAGGAAUCUUUAGAGAUUGGUGGCUUAAAGGUGAAUGUAAAUAAAACAGGUUUUGCUGAGCUACUGGACAAAGUAUCCAAUGUUGAUGCCACAGAUGAAAUAUCACCUAAUCCCUCUGGAGUCUCUGAAACAAGAACCUGCGAGUCGAGUCGAGUCAAGUCAGACGAGUCAUAUGACUCGAGUCAUUUUGAAUCAGCUCCGUUCUCACUGACUGAGUCAGAAAGUCAGAAUCAAGCUCAACAGGGACUAGAUGGAAGCAAACGCUCUCGCUGA